AUGGCUAAACGCACCAAGAAGGUCGGGAUCGUCCGUAAAUACGGGACCUGCUAUGGUGCCUCCCUCCAGAAAAUGGUGAAGAAGAUUGAAAUCAGCCAGCACUCCAAGUACACUUGCUCCUUCUGUGGCAAAACCAAGAUGAAGAGACGAGCUGUAGGGAUCUGGCACUGUGGUUCCUGCAUGAAAACAGUAGCUGGUGGUGCCUGGACCUACAACACCACUUCUGCUGUUACAGUAAAGUAA